ACCCGGUCACCAUUACGGUGAGGAAGGGGACGGAUUAGGAGGUUACACCCGGUCACCAUUACGGAGAGGAAGGGGAAGGAUUAGAAGGUUGCACCCAUUCACUAUGACGGUGAGGAGGGGAAGGAUUAGGAUGUUACACCCAUUCACUAUGACGGGUUACUCGGGUUCCCCCAGCCCCUCCUCCGGGCUCCUCCCUCACCGGCGUCACCCAGGAAUCUGCCGCCUUCCAGCCGUCCAUCUGCCCCAGGCUCUUAUCCAGGCGGUCCGCCUGCUGCUGCCCACGGGAGAGACCCCCAUCCGGCGUCUGGAGGACUGCGCCCGGGAACUGAGCAACUUCCUGUGGAGUCGCAAGAGGCCGGUGGAGGACCCGGAACUCCAGGAGAGGGCCCAGCGUCUGUGGGAGCGUUUGACGGGGAGCCAGGGGGCGGGCCGGGCAGGUAACCGGGGGCCGGUGGGAAUGAGGGGAGAGGGGGGGAAUCGUUACCGUGCUGCCUGGGGAGACUCUCUGAGGGAGUACCUGUGUGUGGACCCCUCUGCGGCGAUGCACCAGAUCGCGGAGUUCCUGAUGAGAGGAGGGAGCGACGCAGACACGGAGCACAUCAGGGGGGUGUACCUCAGGCAGUACCUCCCUGUCUCGCCAAAGGUGAGCUAUGACCUGGUGAUAUCAGCGUACUCUCUCUCUGAGCUGCCUUCUCUCGCCGAUCGGCUGUGUGCGGUGGAGACCCUGUGGAGGAAAACCGACAGCUUCCUGGUCCUGAUCGAGAACGGAACCAGGGAGGGACACCAGAUACUGAUGGAGGCGAGAGAGGCCGUGCUGAAGGCCAAAGGUGAAGAGUCCUCGGGUCAUGUUUUUGCUCCGUGUCCUCAUGACGGCGUCUGCCCCAAGCUGACAGCAGCGGUGCCCGCGCCCUGCAACUUCACCCAGGCCUACCACCCGCUGCCCUUCCCCUGGAACGGGGGGGUGAAGCUGGAAAGGUUCUCCUACGUGAUCCUGCGCCGGGGUCGGGCCGGGGAGACGCAGAGCUGGCCCAGGGUGAUCCAGCCGGUGCUGUGCCGGACGCGCCACGCCCACGUCCACCUCUGCACUGCCGACGGGACUCUGUGCCACACCGUGCUGACCGCCCGCAGGAGCGGCAGGGACCUAUACCGCUGCGCCCGGAACAGCACCUGGGGUGACCGGCUCCCCAUGCCCCACCCACCGCCCGAGGGUCAAGACGGGGCGGGACAGGCAGAGGAUAGCACGGCGGAGACGGGCAGAGCAGACUAGCUGCGACCGUGCCGGGGGAGCGGGAG